UCCCAUGACGUCACUACAGAUCAUUACGGAAGUAAACCGGGCGACGAAACCUGACAGUAACCCAAAUAAGUUGGUGUGUACGCUUGACAAAUAUUUCCAGUCUGUCAUCAUGCUGGGCGGACGAUUCAAAGCGGAGAGGUUAAGAGUCAACCUAAGGCUGGUCAUUAAUCGACUCAAACUCCUUGAGAAAAAGAAAACUGAGCUUGCUCAAAAGGCAAGGAAGGAGAUCGCAGAUUACCUGUCAUCAGGAAAGGAUGAGCGGGCUCGGAUCCGUGUGGAGCACAUUAUCAGAGAAGACUAUAUGGUGGAAGCCAUGGAGAUCCUGGAGCUCUACUGUGACCUGCUGCUGACUCGCUUUGGCCUCAUCCAGUCUAUGAAGGAACUGGACCCAGGCUUACAGGAGGCAGUGUCCACCCUCAUCUGGGCAGCGCCUCGUCUCCAGGCAGAGGUGUCUGAACUAAGAACUGUGUCUGAGCAGCUAUGUGCCAAAUAUAGCAAGGAGUACGGCAAGCUGUGCAGGACAAACCAGAUUGGCACAGUCAACGAUAGGCUGAUGCACAAACUGGGUGUGGAGGCCCCUCCCAAGAUCUUGGUCGAGCGCUACCUGAUAGAGAUCGCCAAGAACUAUAAUGUGCCGUAUGAACCUGACGCCAUGGUCCGGCCCGAGGUGUGUCUUGGAGAGGAGGCAGACCUGAUUGACGUGGACACUGACAAGAAGUUUGGAGGAGGAGGAGGAGGAGGAGGAGGAGGAGGAGGAGGAGGUGGUGGUGGUGGUGGUGGUGGUGGUUUCACUGCUCCUCCUGGUGGUUUCGCUCCUCCUGGUGGUUUCACUGCUCCUCCUGGUGCUAUGCCCAUGGGUAUGCCCAUGCCCAUGCCUAUGCCAACAGCUUUCAACUAUCCAACUCCUAAAGGACCUGGACAGUUUGACAAUCCCACUGGAACCUACAACAACUUCCAGCACCCCAUGGGAGGAGGGCAGCCCCCUCAGCUGCCCUCUUGUCCCCCCACAUACGAGUCUAUUGAUGACCUAACUGACAAACCUUCUGUUCCUUCCCAGGCCGUAGGUCCUGGCCCUUCAUCUCAGCUAUUUGACAACAACGCUCUCCCAGAACUCCCCUCUGUUCCCGACACACUCCCCACAAACUCCUUCGGCAGAAACGCCACCACCUCAGAUGACAUCGACUUUGACGACCUAACGCGGCGGUUUGAGGAGCUGAAGAAGAAGACCUAAUUGCUUUAUCUCUGGUCUUUACACAUGCACACGCACACAUACACACACACACAGGCAUGUGCUGUCAUCUACGCAGUUCAGAACUGGAAAUGAUUCAGAUAGCUCUCCCUUCCACGGUGAAGUAAUCUUACAUAGAUAUUAAACAUACAUGUAUGCAUUCUUACCUCAUUUAUAUAAACAUGACCUUGGCAGUUAGCAGAAAUCUCAUUUCUAUUGGCGGUACCAGUGAGUUCCAUAUGUUUUCAUUUCUUACAUACAAUCAUGUGGGUUUUGCCUCCUGUUCACUCCUCUUUAAGGUCACACUGACUUUUAUCUUUUCCAGUUUGUCUAUGUAACUUAGAUUUUAAUUGUUGCUUCUCCCUGCGUUUUUUAUGGAGGGGGGGUGGGGGUGAAUAUUUACAGUACAAGCCUUAAUUCUACUUUCCACAUGCUUUGCUUUGCACUGAGUGACAAGGGUCAGUCUGAGACGAGUCAAACAAGCCAGACUGGCCGGCCCAGUUUGAUGGGGAGCUGGCUUUCACACUAACAGAGGCCAGAGAUUUCCCCAACACCUGCAAUUUAUUUAAUUUUUACAUAAAGGUAUGAGGACAGAUUGACGCUAUAUUUUCAGUGUCUCGCUCGGUCAUGCAGUUUUGUUCGAGUAGGAAGGACGUUUUUAAACACUCCUUACACUUCAAGGCUUAUCUAUAUCAGAAACAAUGUGUACUGUAGGAGCCCUCCUGGAAAAGCCCACGGUGACGCAUGUCAGACCUGUUACAGGGGUGGUGGGGCACAGAUAUAAAGCGAUAAAACAGUGUAUGAAAACCUUACCAUUUACAAUGAUAUAGACAUAUUUGCAAAUAAUUGAACUGUACUGGAAAAUAAGUUUGGAAGUAGGGAGUUCUUCAAUAUUUGACAAAUAUUUUUUUUUUAAUAAAAAUUAUAUUCUUCCCUUUUGAAUGUCAGUCUUGCCAAAUGUCUGCACCUUCUUAACAUUAAAGUACUUAAAUUACAAGCCGAUGUGUGCACACACACGAGCAGCCACACACCCUGAUUUGAUUGAUUAGAUGUAAAUAGUGACGUCAGAGGUGGUUGGUUUGUGUUGUCCUCUGUGAUCAUGUGUGCAUGUCUCUUAUACUGUAUGUGCACCACUACAUUUGCCUUAGUUACCUCUUCUCAUCAGAGGCCUUGCCAGUCUGUACUAGGAUUAUGUGUUUGUUUUCCAUCCAGACCGGAUACAUGUUAUCUGUGUGGGUCUUAUUACACUUUGCUUUGCACAUAAACAACUCUCUCAAAACCUGUUGCGGUGAAAUUUGUAGAUUGGAUGAAACUCCUGUACUGGCAAUAUAGUUUGUUUUUAUUUCCUGUGGAGAAAAGGGAGUCGGAGGGUUUUUGUUGUCUUACAGACGUGACGUGUCGCCGCAACCUAACCACACCCAGCUCUGCUUGCAUGGCAAAUGGGCGGUGGACUUGAAUGCAAUGAUUCAGCGAUCUCUGGAAAGCCGAUUCAAAGGCUGUCUAGCCGGUUGAUGGGUUUAGGUUAUUGAUAGGUUGGACAAAAUAGAGAAUAUUAACACUAAAGAACUGUGAUCUGCUCACUGUCUUUUCUAUGAUAGACUGUUCUUUCAUGCUAAACAUUGAGACACAAAAUUGUGUCUUGUUGCAAAAAAAAAGUUUUUUUCCACUCUAUACUAAAAUAUCAAUUUAAUAAAAGAGUAUUUGGAACUUGAAA